AUUCUCUUCAAGUCUUUCCUCACUUCCCUCUCUCAUUUAUUUUCAUGUCGACAUUUCUUCGCCAUAAUUUUGUUUACUUUUUAAUUAUUUUCCAAAUCAUACUUUAAUUCAAACAAUUAAUAUUCUUUUUCUUCUUCUCUUUCUUCAUUUCCUAUAAAUCCUGACGUCUAAUUUCAUAUACUCUGUUUUCCCUUCCCCCCCUCCUUUUAAAGCCCUAAUUCUCUGUACAAUCUCCGCCAUCGCAAUGCCAAUGCCAAUGCCGGAUUUCAAACUUCAUUCUCUUCUUUCUUUCUUCUUUUUAUUCCUUCUUCUCAUUCCUUCUGUAAUCGCAGCAGCCGAGUGUCAGUGUCCCGAAGAUUCCGAAGAAGACGGAGGUGAACGAGAUGAAACUUUAGCUCUCAAAUACAAGAUCGUUGCCAUAGCUACGAUUCUCGUCGCUGGGAUUAUUGGAGUGGUGAUUCCUUUGUUAGGGAAGGUGAUUCCGGCGUUAAGUCCGGAGAAGGAUAUUUUCUUUGUGAUUAAAGCUUUUGCUGCUGGAGUUAUAUUAGCUACUGGAUUUAUUCACGUUCUUCCUGAUGCUUAUGAGAAUCUUACGUCCUCCAAAUUGAACAAGCAUCCGUGGGGAAAGUUUCCGUUUACUGGUUUAGUGGCUAUGGUUGCGGCUAUUGGUACUUUGAUGAUGGAUGCCGGUGCGAGUUCUUAUUAUACUCGGAUUCAUCUUAAUAAAGCUCAGCCGGAGUUGAAUGGUGAUGAUGAGAUGCGCGGCGGUGGCGGUCAUGAUGGUCAUGUUCAUGUUCAUACUCAUGGCACUCAUGGUCAUGCUCAUGGCUCCGCAGAUGUUGGUGGUUCAUCGACGGAGAUUCUCCGCCAUCGUGUCAUUUCUCAGGUAUUGGAGCUUGGGAUAGUGGUACAUUCGGUAAUUAUAGGAAUAGGUCUGGGUGUUUCUGAAACUCCAAAGACAAUAAGACCUCUUGUCGCCGCCAUCACUUUUCAUCAGUUAUUCGAAGGCAUGGGCCUUGGAGGUUGCAUUGCUCAGGCAAAGUUCAAAAACAGGGCAACGAUACUAAUGGGGCUUUUCUUUUGUUUGACAACACCGCUUGGUAUAGCAAUAGGAAUUGCAGUAACCAAGGGUUAUGAUGAAGAUAGCCCAAAAGCACUUAUUGUUGAAGGAAUUUUAAAUGCAGCUUCUUCUGGUAUCUUAAUCUAUAUGGCUCUUGUUGAUCUUCUUGCUGCUGAUUUUAUGAACCCUCGAAUGCAAAGCAAUGGAAAGCUUCAACUUCUUGCCAAUGUUUCCCUUAUUCUUGGAGCUGCCUUGAUGUCUUUACUUGCCAUUUGGGCCUAGAAAUAUCCACACAAAAUUCCUUUUUCUUUUUCUUUUUCUUUUUUGUCGAACAUAUAUAUUAUCCACACCAAUGUCUCAACUUAGGAUAUAGUUUUUAAGUGUUGUAUAGUUUAUUUGGUGAUAAAAUAAAUGUUUUAUACUUUGCGGUUUUUUUAGUACUACAAUUGUAGAGAAGAGAGAUCAAACCUCCCAUCUUUUUUAUGAAUGAUCAUGUAAUCACCAAUAUCCAAUGAUUUGAUUAUACAGUCUUUGUUAUGUUGAGUUUGGAAGAAGAUUAAUGUAAAAGGAAAGGAAUUUGGGAUUUUAA